CGUGCUGCCGCACAGCAAUGCACCGACAAACUAAAUAAUCGACGUCAAAAGCUGUCAAAUAUGGCGAGGGGCAGCGAGAGAGAGAGCGGUAAUUGACAUGUAAAAAUGUGAAUGGCUCCACCGCGGCCCGCACUGUGAUCUGCGCUUCGAUCGGGUGGGUGGGUCGCGCUGCCGACGCUGCCGGAGCGGUGUCACGCGCUGAUCGGGCUACAAGGACGACGUACGACACGACACGAGACGACACGACGACGAGGACGACGGCGACGAUGUCGCCGGCGCCCGCCGAGUGCCGGAAGUGAGGCGCGCGCGAGGGUGGCCGGGGACCGAGGGAGGGGGAUCGGGAAACCCGCGACCACACAAGAGCUGCGGUAGGUUCCGCGUGCAGAGCCAGGUCGAGGGGUAUUCACGAUUAGAGGGGUAUGGUACGGCGGUAAUCGGCGGUCAACGCUAUGGGCGCUCAGCAGACCAAGGAUAGGGUGAUCCCCGCCGGUUCCACCGUGCGGCAGACGCGCAAGCAACCCAGGAACCUGAAGGAUACACGGAUCAUAGGCUCUAACAUAUUCACCGAGCACAGCGAGGCGCUUUUGCAAAGUAGACCUCUACCUCACAUUCCAGCAUUGCCAGAAGGUGAUCCUCCAAGUGGUUCUAGUAUUCAAUCAAUUUCACAACAAGCGAAUGUUCAACAUGCCAGUGUAUCCGCUAGUGGACUCCUGGAAGCAGCAAAUAGAUGGACUAGCAAAGAAAAUCUUUUAACACAACAAGAGGAAGAUGAUCCUCAAUUAUUUGUCGCCUUGUAUGAUUUUCAAGCUGGUGGGGAGAAUCAACUUAGUCUGAAAAAAGGUGAACAAGUUCGUAUCCUAAGUUAUAAUAAAAGUGGAGAAUGGUGCGAAGCUCACUCGAGCACCGGGCAAGUAGGAUGGGUACCAUCGAAUUAUGUGACACCCGUAAAUUCAUUAGAAAAACAUUCUUGGUACCAUGGAAGGAUAUCUAGGAAUGCUGCAGAAUAUCUACUGAGUUCGGGAAUAAACGGUAGUUUUCUCGUGCGGGAAUCAGAAAGUAGUCCCGGUCAACGUAGCAUCUCUUUAAGAUAUGAGGGACGGGUAUAUCACUACAGAAUCAAUGAGGAUAGCGAAUCGAAAAUGUUUGUUACAACAGAGAGUAAAUUCAAUACAUUGGCGGAACUAGUGCAUCAUCAUUCAAUGCUUGCUGACGGCCUUAUCACGCAACUGCUCUAUCCUGCACCAAAGCAUAACAAGCCUACCGUCUUUCCGUUAAGUCCAGAGCCGGAUGAAUGGGAAAUCAACAGGACGGACAUAGUAAUGAGGCAUAAAUUAGGAGGUGGCCAAUAUGGUGAUGUGUAUGAAGCAGUCUGGAAGAGAUACAAUAUGACUGUAGCGGUUAAAACGCUGAAAGAGGAUACGAUGGCACUGAAAGACUUUCUAGAAGAAGCGGCCAUUAUGAAGGAGAUGAAACACAGAAAUCUGGUACAAUUGUUGGGAGUGUGUACGCGCGAACCACCCUUUUAUAUCAUCACGGAAUUUAUGAGUAAGGGAAAUCUCUUAGAUUACUUGCGGAACGAGAAUAAGCAUCAAAUCAAUGCCGUGGUUCUGAUGCAUAUGGCUACACAAAUCGCAAGUGGCAUGAGUUAUUUAGAAAGCAGAAACUUUAUUCAUCGCGACCUGGCAGCCAGGAAUUGCCUAGUUGGUGAGAAUCAUCUUGUCAAGGUUGCGGAUUUCGGUCUAGCCCGUCUUAUGAGAGACGACACGUAUACAGCUCAUGCCGGUGCAAAAUUUCCUAUAAAAUGGACUGCGCCAGAAGGUCUAGCGUACAAUAAAUUUUCUACAAAGUCUGAUGUCUGGGCAUUUGGUAUCUUGCUGUGGGAGAUUGCUACCUAUGGAAUGUCCCCUUAUCCCGGUGUCGAUCUGACUGACGUUUAUCACAUGUUGGAAAAAGGCUAUCGAAUGGAGUGUCCACCUGGUUGCCCACCGAAAGUUUAUGAUCUAAUGCGUCAGUGCUGGCAAUGGUCAGCGGCAGAUCGACCAACUUUCAAGGAAAUACACCAUUCGUUAGAAAAUAUGUUUCAAGAAUCAAGUAUUACCGAAGAGGUAGAAAAGCAACUGCAAGGUGGAGGAGAGAUUCCUUUACUAACAUACAAAAAAUCACAGACUGGAAGUACAGGAAAUAUACACGGGCUUGUUCUUGUAUCUGAGCAAUUACCUUCUUCCGGUAUCACGCAAGAAGGAGCCAGUUCAGUUGCCAAGCUGAGUACUUUUAUGGGUGGUUUAUCAAGUAGGAGUAAUAGCAAUAUGGUUCAAAUGCGAAGAUCUACUAAUAAAAAGGGAAAGCAAGCACCAGCACCUCCCAAGCGAACAAGCUUGCUAUCAUCGUGCAGUUCUUUUCGUGAUUCUGCUUACCAAGAACAAGACCAGCAAAAUGUCGAAGUGAGCACUAUGACGAUUGAUGAUGGCACAGAUCUAAAUGGUAUUGAUAAGAUUUUUGAAGGUAUCACACGUGAUCUCGUGACAAUGGCUACACAGUCAAUUACUACAGGAGGUUGCGAUAUGGACGACGAUGGAGAUGGGUCGCAAGGGACAGCAGAACAUAACUUUAUUCCUCAACCGUCAACCUCGCCGGAACCAGUAUCCAACUUACCAUGCAAUCAGAAACAAAUUAAAUCUCGACCUUACACAUCUAAGGAAGUACUGCCUCAGAAGCUGGUACAUGUGGGUGCGCUGGAGGUGCAAAAUGUUAAGAGGGCGAUCAAUCGAUACGGUACCUUGCCGAAAGGAGCCAGAAUAGGGGCAUACUUGGAGUCCUUACGCCAAAGCGGCAUGCCGCCGAAUCAGGAGAACGCCACCGCAGCUUCUCUAUCCAACGCAGUCAUGGAACAGCAGCAGCAAGAUAUCAUCACCUCGAGCGUCAUCGACGCGAUCCCUCAGCAUCGUUCCCUCUCACCUCGUCAGAAUAAUCUUCGCAGUCAACCGCAGAUGACGCGCAGCAACUCCUCGAGUGGAGUAGUGAACACCUAUCAACCACCGAACUCACCACGCAGUCGUGCUGUAGGUGUUCGGAAGACUAACACAGAGGGGAUCGGCCUGCGGACUUUCCGAGCGCCAAACAAUACUAGUUUCCGCACCGCCAGUCCAUCAAGAUCAAUUCAACCUACUUUGGCUGAUUUGGAGUUUCCGCCACCUCCAGUGGAUUUGCCGCCACCUCCGGAUGAAGCUUUUGGUGAUCACUGUGACUUGCCACCACCUGUGGCGACAGCGUUACCAUGCACCGAAAUGUAUUCUCAUACGAAGAUCGCAAGCUCACCAGUUGGUCUCAGGAAGGUGAAAGCGGAAUGGCGGAGCAAAGAUGAAGUCAGCGAUCACGAUCAGGAUGAUAAGAAUAACGAUGUGAGAAAUGCGGAACCGUCGGUGAAGGAGGCUAGCUCGCGAUUCGGCGUGAAUCUGCGACGCCGGGAAACGACUACUUCCGUUUCCAGCGACGCGCACUGCGGCGGUGGCGGCAGCGUUGGUAAAUCUAUAGAAGAAAAGAAAUUAAUUUAUAGGCCAAAGGAGACAACGAGCGGCGGCGCGAUUAAAACGGAAUCAUUAAAUGCAACGAUCGCGGCCCCUGAGGAAGCUCCACCGCCGCCCCCGCCGCCGCCACCACCCAUCGAUAGUGCCGUAAGCGGUACCGGUACCACCGAUACUUUUGAGUCCAAACCUGGCAUGAAAGAGAUGCUGGAGCUCAAGUUGAUCAAUGAGAUCAAACAGAGCGCGGACAUGAAGCACGGUGGUAGCGGUCCCGCGAAAAAGAGUGGCAGUGUUGCUAAUAGCAGCGCACCUUUAUCGGCGGCGCCGCUUGACCCGGCGUCGCAGCUCCUAUCCGAGUUGUGCGCCAGUUUCAGCAUGGACCCCGCCAGUAAACAGCAUAUCGUCCCGAGCGAGUACGCGAUCUCGGUAUUGAAGAGCAACGACGUGUCCAGCGUUCAGGAACACGUUCACACGAGUGUGCAAAAUGUACAUCCUGAAAGGAACAGCAAUUACAAGGAGAUCCCAAUGACCUCACCGAUUACCGAGGGCCACGUACUGAGUGCCACUAGCGUAGGUUUCAAAUUGAAAAAGGUAGAUAAAAGAAAUAAUCCACAGAAAGAGGAAAAUCCGGACGGUCAGAUAAUCGAUUUCAAGGCACGGCUGCGGAAGGUAGAUAAUGCCGAUAAGGAGAAGGUUACGGCAGAUGAGAAGAGCAAAUCGUCGCGUUUCGAUGACAGCACACAGGGGAGCAACGUCGCGGAUUCAGCCGAUUCAUCAUCCGGCGUGGAUGACGCGAAUGAUGACAAGCGUCGCAGUACUGGUAGUAUUAGUAGCCUAAAGAAAUUGUGGGAGAAUAAAGAGGCUUCUUGUGAUAACCAACCACUUAGUCCUAAAUUAAAUGUUAGAGGGACGAGUAACAAGCAAGACGUCGGCGACGUUGCGAGUGAGGAUUCACCAGAGGAUCACAGCGGUGCUUCGACUAGGAGCUCAACCAGCAAGGGCGAUCCGCGAAUAUGGCCUCCAACUUCAUCGUCUUCGGUAACCUUGGAAAUGGAAAAACCGAUUGUACCGGCCAAACCGCUGAAGCCGCUCGGAUCUUCUAGCAAACAUUUCGGUUCCUCGAUAUAUGCUACACCAAACUGCAAUAAAUCAUCGUCGCAGAAUGACGAUGACAGCGGCAAACAGACUAGCGGCGAAUCAACGAAAGGGGCGAAGCACAGCGUGAUGGAGAUCUCGAAUGUCAUAGAAAACAGUAUUCUGAAUCUAAAGGGCAGUCCGACCAUCGUCAUGGCCAGCUGGCUACAGUUGUCCGACAAGGUCGGUUUGCUACACGGCAUGUGCGUCAAUCUAACAGACACGGCAAUCGCGCCGCACGCAAGAUUCCAAUUCCGCGAUCUGCUCACCCGACUCGAGCUGCAGGCGAGGCAGUUACGGGCGGCCGGCACGCGCAACAUCACCGAGAAUACGAGACUCUUGUGUGACGUACAGAACACGAUAAAGGACGUGAUAAACACAGUGCAGAGAUAAAGUUGCGGCGAGUUGGCUGGAAAAAAAA